CAGUGUUUUCUUCCAUAAGAUAAUAUUCUUUAUUCUACAAAUGGAUAUAAAACGUUCCUUAUAGAAAACACAAUCUCAUGAAAAAAGGGGGUGCAUCACCCUAUUUGUUGGACAUAAACCAUUUUCCAGCGCUAAAAUGUCUCGUUUCACGAAAAGGCUUGAAGUGUAUGCUUUUAUCUGCUGCUGUUGGUAGUGCAGUCAUUAGUGUUUUGUACUAUUGGUUCAAGUCCAGGAGCUCUUCGAAAGCUUCUACUCUUCAUUCAGAGGUCGUUGGUGGUUUGGAUGAUCUCGAUACACUUGAUACAAAUGUUGCCGAUUACUACUCUCAAACAAAGCUAUCAAGUAUUCGAAGCGCGAGAUCGGUUUUCUCUAGAACUUCAAAUCUCAGUGAAAACCGCCUGACACUGUCAAGGUCUAGAAAGACUUCACUUCCAUGUACGACAAACGAUUCAGAUGUAGAUGGCUCGUGUUCGGGGUUAGAUUAUAGAAGAUUAGGUCUCCAUGCUUUAGCAGGAGUCGUCGAACAUUUAGAAUCUCUUAUGUCCAAGGUUAAAAUUCUCGAAGAUAAAGGAUUGUCGGCCCCAACAUCAAACUCAGAGCAUUUGAUCAAUGACCUGCGUAUUCUUUUGGAACAUGCUUAUCGUUUGCGUGAACAAUACAAGCAACAGUUGGUUCACGAUGAAAGUUAUCCACAAGAAUCAGUGGGGUCUUCAACGACUUCCCAGGAAGACACCUCUUCGUUCUUUUCUGCUUCCGAACAACUAGACUUAACAGAGCUAGAACUUUUAAUGCAGUUUAACGUCCGUAGGCCGCUUUAUUAUAAUGCUUUGAAGUUGUUAAACGAAGGUGAAGUUCCAUACCGGUGAGUUCUUGAGGUUUUAUUAUGUAGAUAUAUUGGUUGCGCAAGAGUUGUUAGUCAUUCAUAAAAGUUCACCGUAGUCUUUUGUACGUCAAUUAAAACUUCGGUUCUUCCUUAGAUAUGAAUAUAUUU